ACCGUUGGUAAUAGUUCCAUUUAGACACUAGACACGGUCAAAUAAUCUUGUCAUGCAGAUACUGUUAAUCACGAUAGUUAUUUUCAUGAAUCAUAAUCAAUAUGUGAAGUGUGGCUCAGUUGUCGACUUAAUGUAUAAUAAAAUGAGUGGGAUCAAAGAUUUUUUUCUUGACACGUAUACAGCUAUACGAACACGUAUAAAUACUGUUUUCCAUUUAGGAACGGGAUCCCAUGAUUCAACAUCUAACAACACAAAAAAGCAGUCGGUAACCAACAUCCGUCUCUCAUCCGUCCUAAAGAGAAGUAACCCACUGCGAGUGCAUAGCCAACCUGGCGUUCAAACUGCAAGUCCUGGUGAAGACAUCGCUCACAGGCCGGCGCACAUCCUGACUACUCCACAGCUCGCUGCUACUCACGGUCGGAUUAUCGAAACUCACGUAACGUACACUUUGGAUGGUUAUAUCUUAACCUUACACCGUUUGCGUACCAAUAAAGUCUUUGACGAAACUGACUACGAAAGUAAAAAGCGGAUAAUCUUGCUUCAUCAUGGGUUACUGGGCAGCUCAGCAGAUUGGAUACUACUUGGACCGAAAAAGGCAUUACCGUAUAUUCUGUCCGACCAGGGCCAUGAUGUUUGGAUGGCAAAUGCCAGAGGUAACUACUACUCUCGUGCUCAUAUUGGUUUGAAUCUUAAUUCCGAUGAAUAUUGGAACUUUUCUUGGCAAGAGAUCGGUGAACGUGAUCUACCGGCCAUAUUAGAUUACAUAAGGAAGACGAGCAACAGCACCGAACCGAUUGAUUAUAUCGGUCAUUCGAUGGGAGCGACUGCCUUAUUAGUCUUGCUUUCAGUUGAACACAACUAUAAUAGAUACAUUAGAAUUGCUUUCUUACUUGCUCCGCUAACAUUCAUGGCACACACUCGCGGCCCAAUGGAAAUGAUGGCCAAAAUUGAAGAAACUGCGCUUAUAAAACUCUUAGGAACAAGAGAAUUCCUACCUAAUAGACGUACCGAAGUACCCGCAAAAUACGCAGAGUUAAUAUCUAAAUUGUGUAACGAUUUAGAUAUUUAUUGUCGAAAUCCAUUAUUUUUUCUUGCUGGAAGCCCUAUGCAAGAAGGUACCAGAACGGUCGAGUCGGCCGAUCAGCUCCAGGAAUAUGCCCCCGCCGGUGGAUCCUCGAAAACAAUUAUUCAUUAUCUGAUGUUGAUUGCGAGCAAAAAAUUUCAUCAUUAUAAAAGACCUGAUUGGCAGUUUAAAUUGAAAUACAUAAGCACUCCUAUGCUUAUUCUGAGUUCAAAUGACGAUUUAAUAUCGAACGCGACGGAUAACCAGAUGUUGUAUCUUUCUAUUUUGAAUCCAUUGGGUCAUAUCAUAAUUAAAGAUCAAAAUUUCAGCCACACUGAAUUUGCUUGGGGUUUUAAUGCGGACUUACUAAUUUAUUAUAAGAUUAGAGAUUUGAUUGAGCUGGGUCCGGAUGUUAUAACAAUACAAUAAAUUUCAGUUUUUGUA